CCAGCACACACUCCGUUUGACUAAUUAAGCUCCAAACUUAUCUCUGUCGACGCAAAGUUCCAGCACACACUCCAUUUGUCUAAUUAAGCUCCAAACUUAUCUCUGCCGACGCAAAGUUCCAGCACACACACCAUUUGACUAAUUAAACACCAAACUUAUUAAUUCUUGAAUCUUCCAAUCUUUUUUAAUUACAAAAAUAGUAAUAAUAAUAUACAAAAAUCCACUAUUUAAUCAGCGUCCCUUCUCUUUAUAACGAUUUCAUUAUUAUCUUGUAUUGAGUUAUAGGGUUGGAGGUCCUAUCAAUGGAUAAAAUUGUGGGAAAAAAGAAGAGUUAUUUGGCAAUGAAAACUGAUUCUGUAGCUGCUAAUGAAUUGAUCAGUUCUGAUUUUAAGGAAAUUGGGAAUGCUGUGAAAAAGCUUGCUAAUCAUACAGUAAAGCUUGGUAGCCUUGGAUUUGGGACUACAAUCCUCAAAUGGAUUGCUUCAUUUUCUGCAAUUUACUUGUUGAUCCUAGAUCGAACAAACUGGAAAACCAACAUACUUACGGCCCUUUUAAUUCCAUACAUUUUCCUGAGUCUUCCUUCACUAAUUUUCAACUUGCUCAGAGGAGAAAUUGGGAAGUGGAUUGCGUUUAUAGCUGUUGUCCUACGCCUUUUCUUCCCCAGACAUUUUCCGGAUUGGCUAGAACUGCCGGCAGCUUUGAUCCUUGUCAUUGUGGUGGCUCCAAGCUUUUUUGCUGACACCAUAAGGGACAGCUGGGUUGGUAUCUUGAUUUGUCUGGUCAUCGGAUGCUAUUUGCUGCAGGAACAUAUCCGAGCAUCGGGUGGGUUCAGGAAUUCCUUCACGAAGAGCCACGGGAUUUCCAACACUAUCGGGAUAGUCAUUCUGUUGGUAUAUCCCGUCUGGGCACUCAUACUCUACAUUCUUUGAAGUUGAUUUUUCAGUGUAAUUUAUAUGUGAUGGUUUGAAGGUUUGCAUGUAUUAAUCCAUUGUCUGUGUUGCUUUCGAGUUACAAGUAAGUUGAUUUGUUCUUUGUGGAUACAAUAAAGCUUCAUUGGACCUGAGAUUGAGAGAGUUUUGUGUCACUGUAUAUAACAGAAUUCUCCUUC